CUUUCAGCGUACAAGGUGGAAAUAGAUGUGCAGCAGUUUUUCACGCGGACAUGCGGAGUCUAAAAACAAGGCAAAGGAUUCCAUCUUAAUGCUAUUCCAUAUUGCACCAACUGGCCUGAUGUCAACAUUUCCUGAAGUCUUGUGAUGCUACAUUAUUAAAGAGAUCCUGCCAAGGUUGUGAAAAAUGUGAAGUUGGAUUUUGGGCUUCUGUUUCACAUCUUACAAAUCAGAAUAUCUCAGGAGAGGGUAAGCUACCAUUUAAUGUGUACAAGAGUGAUGAGAAACUGUUGAGCCUCUGUGAGCACAGCACAGUGGAGAAGAUGAGUUCACAGGGCCAGCCCAGUGGCCCUGUAAGCUCUAGACGGCAAGACAACCAGGGGGAGAUCAAGAACAACAAUAAGCAGGGUUUGUUUGCACCCGAGGGUGACGCCAACGCCAAUGAGAUCCAGACGGAAGACGAGGGCACCAAAGAAGGAGGCAGGACAGGAGACGCGGGUGCCCUCCCCCCACUGGUGUCCCAGAGCGAGGAGCAGGACAAGAUCAUCAUCUGGGGGACGGACUCCCAGUGUGACGACCCAGAGCUGGAGGAGUUCGAGAUGCUGGAGUGCCAGGAGCUGGAGGCCUACCUGGUUGAGGAAGAGGAGGAGUACGAGAGAGGAGCGGGAGCGGGCAGAGGUCCGUUUGUGGAUGAAAGACCCCUGCCUUAUAGCUCCGCCCCGGCUCUAGCGACGACAGACAAAGACAAUAACUACGAUGCGGAUGAGAGAACCACACAGCAGAGUGUGCAGGACCUGGAGACCACCAUCUCACUUUCACUGGGAAGCAGAGGGAGAAGCACGUGUCUAACCAGGGCUGAGUUCAGCUCGGAAAACGAUGUGUUCGUGUCCUGUCUCUCGACAAUGUCCAGCCUUGGCGGGAGCUUAGCCAGUGCCCUGGACAGCACUGGUCGAAUGCAAGCCACAGAUUCCCGGCACUUGCCAUCCGAACCAUACAGAACCAUCUCUGAGGACCUCACGCUUGCCUCCCAGUCCAUCCCUACAAUCUCAGUAAAGAGCGGACUCUACCAAGAAACAGGGGGCCCUCUGGGUAAUUCUGGAAGAAGCACAUCUUUAUCCAGCAGUGUUGAUCUGAAUCUGAACUCAGCCAUUCUGCAACAGGAACCUGGUCCACAAGCACAAUUAGAACAAUUAGGACAGAAGUCGAGGAGGAGCCCGUCCCAAGAAGGGCUGAGCAUACUGACUAAUGGCACAGGAAAAUGUAAACAGAACCGUGUGGAUACUAAUGAUACUGAGCACAAAACUCAAAAACUUCAGAUGACUGUAGGGGAACAAAGUAGAUCUGUUGAAGGUUACAAGCAGGGGGAUGUACCCUCCACAGAAGCACAGGAAGAAAUGGAAGCAAAAACCCGUGUCUGCCAGCAGCAGAUCGGCAAAAUGACCAGCUUUGAGGAGGCACACCCUGAUAUGGAGGCCCAGUCCAGCCCCAGAGCAUCUCCUGCACCAGGGACAUCUUCACGGAAGGCGAGUCACAAGAUGAAUGGCAAACCCUCCCUAGACGAUGAGGCCCCUGAUGUGAACAGCAACCCCUCAAAAGCAGACCCCAGGGGAGCAUCCAGCCACCCUGUCCCCGGUGAGCCCAAAGCCAUUAGGAAGCAGGGCUCUUUUGAGCACAGCCGUAGCGCAAGCCCCUCCAGCUUAGAGAAGAGGACCCAGCUGGCAAGGAAGCCUUGGGGAAGUCCCACCCGAGCCCCAACCCCUCCAUCCCCAAAGACUGGGUCGCCAAGGAGGAGACCCCCGAUGUCCCCUGCCAAGACCGCCAACACGAGAGUUCCCAGUCAGGAGUACAGUGAGGCCUCCCAGGGGGGCAGCAGUGUCGUGAAGCCCCCCAGUAAGGUGUGCCCAAGUAGCGGGAUCCCCAAACCCAUCCUGCAACCCCCACUGAGGCCAGCAGACAAGACGGAACCAGAUAACAGGAACACAAGGUCCCCCCCACCUCACUACCCCCCAAAGCCCAAAAACGUGCGUCCCAAAAUCAUUACCUACAUCCGAAAGAGCCCUCAGGUGAAGCCCCAUGUCCCUGAUGCCCCUUACGAGGUAUCCACCCUCCCCUCUAGACUCACAGCAUACCCCAGCCCACAGGCCAGCAAGGACCCCAAAGCAGGGGGGCACCCCAAGGCUUCGCCCGUGCUCAGCGCCUCCAAUCUUCUGUAUGAUAAGUAUCGUCAUGAGAUGCAGAAGGCGUGCUACUACUCCCCAGGGCUGGUGGUGUCUGGAAUCAAGCCUCCUAGCCAUACUAUCCCCCACAAGAUGACAGGGAAAUCUGAAGGCUUCUAUGGGGAGCUGACUGACAAAUAUCUGCAGGAGAUGGGUAGAGGUACAGUCGCUCUUGGGGGCCCUGGACGGGAUGACCCGCCUGUGUCUCAGGUCAGCCCACACGAGGCUGCCGGCCUCUUCCGCUCUCCCAGGGCCCUGAGGCCACAGCUGGGACUGGGUGCAGUGACCAGGCUGCCCUCAGCUAAGAACAGGAUGGUUCUGGCGGGUCAGAGGUCAGCCUUGUCCUUCAGCCACCCAACGCAGGUGGUCAGUCCACUCACCCAGUGUUACCCUGAUCCCUCAGACCAGGGGAAACCUGCCCCAGAGACGGCCCCCAGGUCACUGCUCCCUAAACCGGGUCAGUCUGGCCUGCGCCCUCCUGGUUACUCUCGCCUGCCUGCCGCCCGUCUGGCUGCCUUCAGCUUCGUCCGUAGCUCCAGCGUCUCGUCCGUGUCCAGCAACCAGUCCAACGACAGCACGCACAGCGACCCCUGUCGACCCAUGCACCGCCCCAGCAGUGGGAGCGAUGAACCCCCUGUCCAAAAGCCCCCUGUACCCCCCAGUGAGUCACCCCGGGCCCCCAACACCCCUGCCACCACCCGCCGUUCCCUGUUACCCCCUCCUCGGAGUUCUCCUGUUGCCUCCAGGAAGGAGAUCCAAAAAGAUGCUGAAGUCGCCCGCCCAGCAGUGUCCUCCCCGAAGAGGUUUGCUGUGGUCUCUCCAAAGCCGCAGUCCCCAGUGCACCUGCGUCAGAAGCCGGUGGCGGUCCGGGGCGGGGUGGCGGGCGGCUCCCCACGGCGGGACGGCCCGGACUCGGAGCGGCUCCUGGUGCAGCGUCUGAGGGAGCGCUGCGAGGAGCAGGCCCGGCAGCUGCAGAGCCUGCAGGCCGAGCUGAGGAAGGCCACCCUGGGCUUGGAGGUCUUCGCCAUCACCACCCAGUACUUCUGCCAGAAGAGUGAAACGGCCAUUGUGAAGGAGAGAGAACUGUCCCUGGAGCUUGCCAGAAUCAGGGAUGAAGUGGCCUUCAACGUGGCGCGCUGGGAGCGUCUGCAGCAGGACAAGGAGGACCUGGAGCGGCGCUUUGAGCGGGAGCUGCGGAGGCUGCAGGUGCAGCAGGAGGCAGAGCUGGGAGCCCUGGAGGAGCAGCUGAGGGCCCGGCACGAGGCCGAGAGGGAACGCCUCCGGGCGGAGCAGCGGGCUGAGCUGGAGGAGCUGCGCACACAGCAGCAGGAGCAGAUGGAGGAGAUGAACGUAAACCACGAGGCGGCCAUGAUGGAGAUGGAGAACAAUCACAGCGUGACCAUAGCAACACUGCAGGAGGAGCAUGCAAAGACAGUGAGAGACCUAAUGAUGGCUCAUGAACAGCAGAGGAAGUCACUGGAGGAGAACUUUGAGAAGCUCAGACUCUCACUCCAGGAUCAGGUGGACACACUGACAUUUCAGAACCGCAGCCUGCGAGAUCGGGCGAAGCGUUUUGAGGAGGCGUUACGGAGAAGCACUGAUGAGCAGAUUGUGGACGCGUUGGCUCCAUAUCAGCACAUCGAGGAGGACCUGAAGAGCCUCAAGGAAGUUCUGGAGAUGAAGAACCAGCAGAUACAUGAGCAGGAGUUGAAGAUCGCUGAGCUGGAGAAAAUGGCUCAGAAGAAUGUGGUGUUAGAGGAGAAAGUCCAGGUGUUGCAGCAGCAGAAUGAAGACCUUAAAGCCAGAAUAGACCAAAACCUUGCUGUGUCCAGGCAGCUUUCUGAGGAGAACGCCAACCUGCAGGAGUACGUGGAGAAGGAGAGCAACGAGAAGAAACGCCUGAGCCGCACCAACGAGGAGCUGCUGUGGCGUCUGCAGACGGGCGAGCUCAGCCCCCGCAUGUCCCCAUCCUCCUCGCCCAUCCACCGGGCGUCCCCAGGGCCCGCGUCGCCCUCCCGACUCCACCCCUUACCCAGAUGAGCUGGCCAAACUUUACCUUUUGUCCCCACACACACACACACACACACACACACACACACAAACCUCACUGUGUCUGUCUUUGUCUGUCCUGUGUCGUGGAUGUACUGAGACGCCCUCCCCAUUCGGUGCGGGGGUAGGACACUGCUGUCUUCUCCUCUCAGCAUUUUUUCCUUGAGGUAUACAAAAAACUUUGGAAAAACCCUUUCUCAUCUGUCUUGAACUAUCUUCAUGUCCAGUCUGAGACUGUAUGUAGAAUUCAAAUGGGCAUAACAAGUCCACCUCCACUUGUAAUAUAAAGUACCCAUUCUGAGAUAAGAGCUCAACAACCAUGUGCCCCCGGUAAGGGGCCAAGAAACCUCUUCCCUCUUCUCCUUUUACCCCCAUUUCUAACAUUGAUGAACGUAUCACAGGCGUGCUUAAAGUAACCCUAAGCAGUUGUGACAUGUAAACUUUUGUACUCAUUUCCUAUGUUCCCUGUCUUGAUAAAAACAAAGAGAAAAAAAACAAAAGAAUGUGAAGGACAUCAGCAGCUAUGGUGGACUAAAGUGGCAGAGGUUUAUCCAGGAACUGGAUGAUAAGCACAUGGUGCCUGUCUUUCCAUCUUUGCUUCUUCCAGCGCCACCAGCGGUGUUCCCUGGGCCAGGAUUAUGGAUGUAUGAAACACAAAUUCAAAACACAGCAAUGUCUUUAACAAAUAGCGCCUUGGCUGAUUGCCUCUUGCCAAGACAGCCUUCAGGUCCUCUUA